UUGCAGACCGAUAAUGAGGCUCAGAGGCGGCAUAAUGUUGAAUUGGUUAAAAUGCAAGAGGAAUCUUCUAUACGAAAAGAACAAGCAAGACGAGCUACUGAGGAGCAAAUUCAGGCUCAGCAGCGCCAGACUGAGAAAGAAAGGGCUGAAAUAGAAAGGGAAACAAUAAGAGUCAAAGCCAUGGCUGAGGCUGAAGGCCGGGCCCAUGAAGCAAAAUUGACUGAGGAUCAAAACCGCAGAAUGCUUAUAGAACGGAUAAAUGGUGAAAGAGACAAAUGGCUUGCUGCAAUUAAUACAACUUUUAGUCACAUUGAAGAGGGUUUUAGGACUUUAUUGACAGAUAGGAAUAAGUUGGUUAUGACAGUUGGAGGAGCCACUGCAUUGGCUGCAGGAAUUUAUACAACCAGAGAAGGUUCUAGGGUUACAUGGGGCUAUAUUAACCGGAUCUUGGGACAGCCCUCACUAAUUCGAGAAUCAUCAAUUGCUAAAUUUCCAUGGUCAGGACUUUUGUCUCAAGCAAGGAAAAAAACUUUUAGUAAUAGGACAGCAUCUGGAGCAGCGGGGUCUACUGAAGUAAAAAAACAUAAUGGAGAUAUUAUUCUCCAUCCUUCCCUGCAAAGGAGGAUAGAGCAUCUUGCUAAGGCUACGUCAAACACCAAGAUCCACCAGGCACCCUUUCGCAACAUGAUGUUUUAUGGACCCCCUGGUACUGGUAAAACUAUGGUUGCUAGGGAGAUCGCUCGAAAAUCGGGAUUGGAUUAUGCCAUGAUGACAGGAGGAGAUGUUGCACCUCUUGGUGCACAGGCUGUUACCAAGAUCCACGAGAUAUUUGAUUGGGCAAAGAAGUCAAAAAAAGGCUUGCUGCUUUUUAUUGAUGAGGCUGAUGCGUUUUUAUGCGAGCGUAAUAGCAUACAUAUGAGUGAAGCACAGCGAAGUGCUUUAAACGCAUUGCUUUUCCGAACUGGUGAUCAGUCCAGAGAUAUAGUUCUUGUCCUUGCCACUAACAGGCCGGGAGAUCUUGAUAGUGCUAUUACUGACCGCAUUGAUGAAGUGAUUGAGUUUCCCCUUCCUAGAGAGGAGGAGCGUUUCAAACUGCUGAAACUCUAUUUGAACAAGUACCUUUCUGAUGAAGAUGACAGUGCAUCCAAGUGGGGCUUUUUGCUCAAGAAGAGACCACAGAAGAUAACCAUAAAAGAUUUGUCUGAAGAUGUCAUUCGAGAGGCUGCCAAGAAGAUCGAAGGGUUCUCUGGGCGUGAAAUAGCAAAACUCAUAGCUAGUGUUCAAGCAGCUGUUUAUGCCCGCCCAGACUGCGUAUUGGAUUCCCAGCUGUUUAGAGAGGUUGUCGAUUACAAAGUUGCAGAGCAUCACCAGCGAAUUAAGCUGGCUGCUGAAGGUGGUCAGCAGCCCAGAAACAAGUAGUAGUCCCAAAUUUUCAAUUUUGUACGAGAAUAUCUCCUAAGCCCAGAAUUACAUUAUUUAUUCGGAAAUUGUAUUUUUGAGAUAAGAUAGCACUCCAUUUGAAAAAGGAGUGAAAUUUUAACAGUGAAGCUUUCAAACCAAUUGUACUGCACUUUGUAGUAUGUAACAAAGUCUUCCAUUAAUUUUUUUUCC